ACGCUGCCGCCAUUUUUCAGAGGGCGCCGGGCCGUGCUGCGGGAAGGUCGCGCAGGGGAGAGGCGGCCGCGCUCCGUGUCGCUACCAUGCUGGCUGCAGGCGUCCGCAGGUUCGCCACCUCCGCCCUCCGCAGGAGCCACUACGAGGACGGGCCCGGGAAGAACCUUCCAUUUUCUGUGGACAACAAAUGGCGGUUACUUGCAGUAAUGUGUGCAUUCUUUGGAAGCGGAUUUGCUGCCCCUUUCUUUAUAGUCAGACACCAGCUUCUUAAGAAAUGAAGGGGACAGACUGUAAUCGUACUAAGUGGAGUUGAAGUCUUCUAUAUGGCAACUUUAAAUGGAAAAAAGGAUAUCUGCAAUUGUGUACCAUGCUGGAGGUGUCUAAAUAAAUGUUAAAACUGAAGGUC